AUGACGCCGACCAUGGAGGUUUCCUCCACGAUCACCGUCGCUCCUAAUGCGACUCUGCGGCCUUUUGCAUGCCCAGCUUGCUCCAGUCGCUUUACUCGACUUGAAAAUCUGAAUCGACAUACGCGGUCAGUUCAUCGAGAAUCUAACCAAAGACCGUUUCCAUGUCCACACUGCGAUGUCUCAUUCUCGAGAAGCGAUUUGAGGAAGAGACACAUCAAGAAAUCGCAUAAAAGGUCCAUCUCACCAAAAUCACCAGUCGAAUCUAUUCCACCACCAAACCCACCUAUUGAGGAUAUACCAGAACAAACCCAGGAAGCCUUCUCUCCCCACGAUGUCUCGUGGCUCUUCAAGCUCCCCCAGUACAUUGCCGCAUAUUUCGAAAAGUUUCAUCCUGCGUUCCCUGCCUUGCACAAGCCAAGUAUUGACACAGCAACCACAAGAGAGCCCCUGCUUCAAGCAAUCGCGUGCAUUGGCGCCGUGUACUAUGCUCCGGGUCACAAAUUUAGUAUGCUACUUUUCAAAGCCGGCCUGAAGACCCUCGACCAAUAUACCCGAGAAGACCGUUCCAGGUUCAGAGAGGUUUGGGUCAUCCAAGCCUAUAUCCUGUUCGAAUAUUAUGCAAUCUACAGCUGUCAAGACAAGCUGUUCCCUAGAGCCUUGAAAAUGCAUCGAAACCUCGUCGACGCAGCGCGUGAGUAUCAAAUGCUUCAGGAUGGUGCGGCACUUCAAAGCGGUAGUCCCGAUACUGCUAUGAAUAUGAAUGGCGAAUUGGAUACAGAGGAGACCAGAUGGAAAGCAUUCAUCGAAAGCGAGUCCAAGAAGCGCGUCAUGUACUCUCUGUACUAUCUGGAUUCUCAAAUGGCAAUCACCUGCAACAUGAGACCGCUUUUAUCUGCCCUUGAGCUAAAAUACGAACUCCCUUGCCCGGAUAACUUGUGGUCGGCAGCCAAUGCCACCUCAUGGAGUUUGCUUGUUCAAGCUCAGGAUUCUUCGCUAAACAUGAAUGAAGAGGACGACUAUGAAGGAAAUCCCGACCCACGGCCAGCCCAUGGAGAUCUCUACGAGUGCUUGUUGCAUUUGAUCCACCCCAAUCGCGCUGUAGGACAACCUCUUGGGCUUCUCUGGUACUCGCCUUUUGCGUCCCUCAUAUUGAUCAUGCAGAUGCAAAUGAUGAUUCGGGAUAUGACUAUGGCUAGCAUCUUCUUCGCUUCCAAUGUUAAUCUCGGAUCAACGAGACAUAACCUUUCAAUAUUAUCAGAGGAGAAUCGGACACAGAUAUUUCAAGCCCUUCACAGCUUAGCAGACCUCAUCCCCAAACUUGAAACUCUGAAUCUUCUAGACGACACAACGAUAUUUGGGAUUGACGAAAACACCCAGCCAGACAGGGGAAACAAAACUCUCUGGCAUUCAGUCUGGGUUGCAUGGCACUACACGGCCAUGACCUUGACACACCAGGAUGCUCUUCUAACGACCGGGAUAGUAGAGCUUGGCCUACCCACAGCGAUAUCAACGUGCUGGGAACUCGGAAAGCCUCGAGCAAAGGAUAAUCGGGAUGUAUACAACGACAGGGAUUUCAUUCGCAUCGUUGACCACUUGGAGCAAUUGAUUGAGCUCAUGAACACGCCUACAACGACAUCGCCAAUCCGAGAUGGCAUAUCCUUCCACUGCCAGGAAGACCCCUUCAUGACGAUGUUGGGGUUCAAGGCAUGUAUUAUGGGAUGGCGCGUCGUCCGCUUGAUGGCAUUAAGUGUCGAUCACAAGAUCCUGACUGGAGAGCUACCGAUAAAAGAGAGCAUCUCCACCUCCUUGGCUCGGGUGGUUCUGGCGAGGUUGAUGGAUGCUGUCGAUUCUGGUGGACAAAGUUUCAUCAUUGGAAACAGUUCCGAUUCUCGAUAUCUCCACUGGGCGGCAAAGGCAUUCUCAUUGAGAGAUACUUGGCCAACUGGAUCAUGGAUGGUGGCCGUGUUUCAAGAAACCCAACGUGAAGUAGUGUAGCAUCAUAGAUAGG